AUGCCAUCCACAUUUGUGUCUCUCCUUACAAUCAUCCUCUUCACUCUUCUUGUCAAUGGGUAUGGUCAAUGCGAAUUAAAAGACAUAACUGUUGGAACAGAAAGAACUAAUAGAGAAGUAGGAGGCAAAGAAGAAUGGAAAGUUAGUUUUAUAAACACUUGCAAAUGCCCUCAAAAAAGCCUUAUUGUCUCAUGCGAUGGUUUUCAAUCCACCGAGACAGUUGAUCCAAAUCUCUUUGCAUCCGUAGGAAAUAACAAUUGCAUUGUUAACGGAGGCCAACCAAUAGGACCUUUUGCGACAGUCGGUUUUGUUUAUGCUUGGGACCCUCCAUUCAUUUUUGUACCUCGUUCCUCUCAAGUUCAAUGUGGUUGA